AGCUGCCGUACUGCGAGCGGUUUAUGUCGGCUUUGCAGUCGCAGGCGACCCCAUCAGCAUCGGAUUGGCCAGGGGGAGGGGCGCUAGUCGGUGGCAACUAACAUGCAGGCGAAGAAAGCCAACGAGGCAGCCAAGACCAAGGAGAAGGCCGAGGCAGACAAGUGGAAGUCAGGCGCCAAGGGAGCGUCCAAGGCCGACUUGGAGGCCGCGAAGAAGGCCGAGCUCGCGGCCAAGAAGGCGGAGCGCGAGAGACUGCUUGCGGAGGAAGAGGCGAACGCGCCGGUAAAGAAGAAGGCGCCAACCGCCAAGGACAAGAAGGCGGCGGCCGAGGCCAAGCUCAAGGCACAGACGGCGAGCAUCGCCGCCGUGUUCCGGACCGACGACCCCGCUGGGCUGCGCCGCGACGAGGAUCGCAAGGUCGACGAGCUGAGCGCCACCGGCAUCGAGGGCAUGCUCGAGGCGCUCGAGGUGGUCAAUGCCAAGACUAGCGACCAGGCUAUGGGCGCAAAGGCUGGUGAGAUCGAGAGGCACCCCGAGAAGCGGUACAAGGCCGCCUUUGCGGCUUACCUCGAGCGCGAGAUGCCGAAGCUCAAGGAGGACCACCCGGGCCUACGCCAGAAUCAGAUGCGCGAGAUCAUUCACAAGCAGUUCCAGAAGGCGCCCGAGAACCCGUUCAACCAGGUCAGCGUGGCGUACAACGCCAGCAAGGAUGACCGCCUUGACACGCUCAAGAAGACGAUGAAGGCGCGCGAGGACAAGUACCGCGUCGAGAGCGAGUAAGCGCCCGUGGUGUGCUUGGCAGUGG